UCCCCAGGGAAGAGACUUGCCACACACACUCGGUGUCUCUCCCAAGCGGCCGCAGGGGUUAACGUCUCCUGCUUUUCGUGUUGUUUCUCAUCAUUUCCUGACAGGCUCCUCCUCUCCUCGCGGCACGUGGAACCUCCCAGUUUUGGACUUUCCAGCAGUGACUGAGAUCAGUGAGCGGCGCAGUCGGAGUCGCGUGAUGUAGCGGCGCCGUGUCUCAGCCAUGCCCGGGCACAGCCUCGGCUAUAAAGGUGCCUUUCUGGACAGCAGCAAUGAAAUGGAGCUCAUGAGCACCAACAGUGACCAGAGGGACGAAACGGAGCUUUUGCUCACCUACUUGAAUGUAUCCGAUGUUGUUAACAUCAUGGAGAACUUUUAUCGAGAUGGGGAAGCCUGUGCAGGGGGGGAGAAAACCAUCCAGGAGCCCCCCGAAGCCUAUGAAUGCGAAGAGAGGUCAGACUCUCUGUUUCUCAGUGGGCAGGAACCGUCUUUUCUGUUAUCGGUCAAAUAUGGAAGCGAGAGAGAAUUACUCAGUUUUGCCAAUCAAGUCACUGAUGCUCCCAAAUAUUUGCAUGCCUGCCUGCAGCAAGAAUGUGGAAUCAUAAUGAACAAGAUGCUGACCAUCAGAAGCGGCCGUUAUCAGAUAGACACCGACGUCCUGUUAUUUCCCUGGAAGAUGACUUAUAGGAACAUUGGUUCUGAUUUUAUACCUCGUGGAGCUUUUGGGAAAGUACAUCUGGCACAAGAUUUGGAAACAAGGAAAAGAAUGGCAUGCAAGCUAAUCCCAGUGGAACAUUUCAAGCCGACCGAGGUGGAAUUCCAAGUACAGUUGCGCCAUGAGAAUAUUGCUGAGCUGUACGGGGUCGUACUGUGUAACAACAUGGUCCAUCUUUAUAUGGAAGCCGGAGAAGGCGGAUCUGUUUUGGAAAAGCUGGAAAGCUGCGGCCCUUUGCGGGAAUUCGAAAUAAUAUGGGUCACCAAGCACAUCCUCAAGGGCCUGGACUUUCUUCACUCCAAAAAUGUCAUCCACCAUGAUAUUAAACCCAGCAACAUUGUCUUCAUGUCAACCAAGGCUGUUUUAGUGGAUUUCGGGCUGAGUAUUCAGAUGACUGGGGACCUGUAUCACCCAAAGGACCUGAGAGGGACUGAGAUCUACAUGAGCCCAGAAGUGGUUCUGUGCAGAGGACAUUCAACCAAAGCUGAUAUAUACAGUAUGGGAGCCACUAUCAUUCACAUGCAGACUGGGUAUCCUCCCUGGGUCAAAAGAUACCCACGUUCGGCCUACCCUUCCUAUCUCUAUAUUAUACACAAACAGGCACCUCCAUUGGAAGAUAUUGCCGAGGACUGCAGCCCUGCCAUGAAAGAUUUCCUGGCUGCGUUACUGGAGCGAAACCCAAAUCAGCGGUUGCCCGCGGCAGAACUGCUGAAACAUGAAGCUCUGCACCCACCUCCCGAGGAUCAGCCGCGGUGUCAGAGCCUGGAUAGCGCUCUCUUUGAAAAGAAACGAUUACUGAAGAAAGAGCUGGAGCUGCCAGAAAACAUUGCAGACGCUUCCAUUUACACGAGUGACGAAUCGGAGCAGAUGAGGAGGCAGCGAUCUCUCUCUGUUGAUCUCGGAGCCCUGGCCGGCUACCUGAACAUUGUCCGUGGACCUCCGACUGUGGAUUAUGAUUGUGCCUGAAAGCGCAAGUCCGGGAGAUGCUUGUGUCUACAGCAAUGGCUUACGUGAAGCAGCAGGAACUGCUCAGCACAUGAAGCCUAUUUAUACAUAUCAAGCAACUCAGACUUUUAGUCACAUACUAGGGAAGGGAACUGUAAUGUCCCCAAAUGCUGAAAAAUGGGGCGCCAGAAUAAUAAUGAUGUCUUCCAGGGAUCCUGAUCCUACUUACUGACCAAUGAGUCACUGAGAAUAUAACCGGGGAUAACUCAUUGCUUCUGCCUAAUACGUUAACUUAAAGGGAUACUGUCAUGGGAAAAAAAAAAAAUUUCAAAAUGAAUCCGUUAAUAGUGCUGCUCCAGCAGAAUUCUGC